CCUUAAAACUAGGAAUAUAUUCUUCAUUAUUGUCUUCAUGGCUGGCUCUGUUGUCCUCAAGCUGACUUGCUUGGUGCUGGCGUGCAUGGCGGCAAGCGCACCCAUGGCCACCAAAGCAGAUAUUGCAUGCAACAAGGUGCUGAGUGACCUGAUCCCAUGUGUUUCUUAUGUAGUCAGUGGUGGGUCUGUGCCGGCCGCUUGCUGCAGCGGGAUCAAGUCCCUCAAAGAUGUGACUAAGACCACGGCGGACCGCCAGAGCGUUUGUAAGUGUGUGAAGCAAGCUAUUAGCGGGAUUCCGUACACUGAUUAUAAUAUUGGUCUAGCAGCUGGACUUCCUAACAAGUGCGGGGUUAACCUCCCUUUCAAGAUCAACCCCUCUGCAGAUUGCAACAAGUAUGACUGGCUUUCUCUCUCUCUAGCAGCGUUUUCUUAUGCAUGA